CAAUGAGAGAGGAUACACAGCCUUGGAUGUCCAUAACAAUACAUCAAAUGAUAUGCUUGCUCGCACAAUCCGCCAUAUCCUCUGUGAUGUCGGUGCAUUGGAGGGUCGUUUCUUGUCUAAUUACAGGGAAAAACCGCCUCCUUCCCAUAGACGAAAGCGACGAUACAAGAUAGUGUCUUUGGAGGUGCAUAAUGUGUUGAUCAUGGUGUUUGUCAUGACUGCUACUCUCACUUUUACAGCUUCUUGGGAUCCAAAAAUCGUUUAUCAACCACAAAACCCUGUGGAAAAUCAUUGGCAUUUGGUGUUGGGUGGAUCUAACCAAUUUCGGGCCUCCUUCUACUACAUGAUGUUUAACAUUGCUGGAUUCAUUGCUAGCAUGGGUGCCAUACUGGUUCUAAUAUGGCCACUUCCUUUCAGAGCAGUUCUCACCUUUGUUUUGGUCACAACGAUUGCUAUUUAUGGUGUUUUGGUGGAUAAGACCAUGCCAAGGUUCAACAUAAUGUUGGGUUCCUCUCACAUUUUCAAGCACCAUCUUUGUGUGGAUAGGCAAGACCCCUAG